AUUUCAUUUUUGUGAUAUAACGUCGCGUGAAUGACGAGAAUGAGAUCAUUGUGUUCUUUAGUCAUUAUUUCUGUGGUUUCGUUGUUCUUCUCAAUAGGCAUAUUUUCACUCCGUGUAGGUAAUAUUGAAGGGUACUGGAAGGUGAUUUAUGUGAUGAACUCGAAUAUUAAUGAGUCCCUUUAUUCUCAUGGAGAUGGGCUUUCUUCCCGAAACGGUCAAGAAUUCGAUGUGACUUUUGCCUCCCAAGCCUCAAUAAAUAGAUGGGAAUUUAUGAAACAGAUUUUGCGAUUUUGGAAAGGUCCUGUAUCGAUCGUCUAUUAUUUAAAACCGGACGAAGUUGAGACCUAUAAGCGCCUCAAGGAGAAAACACCUCUCCGAGACAAUGUGCAUCUAGCUUACAUGAUUCAGCACAAUAACUCUCAAUACCCCAUCAAUAAGCUUCGAAACAAAGCGAUUUCCUACAUUACCACCUCCCACUACUACUUCUCCGACAUGGACAAUUGGCCUUCCCCGAAUCUAUACGACGAGCUGCUUCGUUUGCCGCGCUCCGCUCUGAACGACGACAAAUUGAUCAUCAUCGUGCCUGCCUACCAGAUCAAAAUGGCGCCUUGCGACACUUUCCAGCAGUGCGUGGCCACAUAUGGGUCCUAUUUCCCCAAGACCAAAAAGGACUUGCGCUCCUGCAUCCAGGACCACCGCUGCCAGACCUUCCGUCCCCGCGAAUGGCUGCAUGACUACUACCCGCGGGGAUGGUUCGAUUCCAAGGAGCCGCUGAUGAAGCUGGAAUGCUUGCGAUCUGAUACGCAGGAGCCGUAUGUGGUGGUGAAGCGGUCUGCGAUGCUGCCUGCGUUCAACGAGUCUUUUGUGACGUACGCGUACGAUAAAAUCCAGUGGUUGGAGCAUCUCCGACGAUUAGGGUAUUAUUACCAAGUGAUGGUGGAGGGAUACUCCGUGGACGUUCCUCAUCCUCCGUAG